AAAAAAAAAAUAUUUUUCUUAUCUAAGAAAUAAAUAUAUAAUGUUUGGAUUAUGGAAAUUGUCAUCUGAAGAUUUUUAUCAUUUACUCGAAUCUGGUGAAUUUGCUGAUACCGAAAUAUUAGUAGGAGAAGAACCAAAUACAAAAAUCUUUAAAGCACAUUCUUUAAUAUUAACAACUCGUUCAAAAUAUUUCCGUACCGCAUUUUCUAAUGAUUGGAUAAGAACCGAAGAUAAUAAUAUAAUCACCUUACAUAAACCAAAUAUUUCAGUUGAAGUAUUCGAUAUACUUAUAAAGUUCAUUUAUAGCGGAGUUAUUAAACUUAGUGAUUAUGAUAUAAGAACAAAUGUUGCAGUUUUAAUUGCAGCUGAUGAAUUAAAUCUUAAUGAAUUUUGUGAACAUACCGAAAAAUUCCUUCUUAAUAAUGAACGGUCAUUAAAACAUAACUUUGUUCUUAUUCAAAAAACUGUACAUCAACUUAGUCAAUUUGAAAAGUUGACACAAUUUUACGAAACAAGCAUUAAUAAGGAUCCAUCCUUAAUUCUUAGGGCAAAUGAUUUUGUAACAAUUCAACAAGAUGCUCUCAUUCAUGUUUUAUCAGAAUAUAAUCAAAGAUUAAAUCCUAUUGAAGUUUGGGAUAAACUUAUAGAAUGGGCAAUUGGACAAUCUAAUGAAUUACCAAAAAAUACAAAAGAAUGGACGAAUAAUGAAAUGACAAUAUUCGGAACGAUAAUUAAUCCAUUUAUUACACAUAUUAAUUUUGAAAAAAUUAGUUUAACAAAUUUUUGUAAUAAUAUUAAACCAUUUAAAGAUAUUUUUGAUAAAGAAUUUUAUGUUCAAAUACUUGAACAUUACUCUUUUAACGCUCAUUCAAAAUUUAAAAUUGAUAUUGAUUCUAAAAUCAUUACUCCUUCUCAUGCUUUUUUACUUGGAAAUUUAAUUAAGAUGACAAAUGAUAAUCAAAAUUGUACUUUUGAAUUUCAAUUAUUAAUACGUGGUAGUAGGGAUGGUUUUACUGUGAGAAAUUUUCACAAAAAUUGUGAUGAAAAAGGUCGUACCAUUACUAUCGCUAGCGUAAAAAAUAGUGAUGAAAUAGUAGGAGGUUAUAAUCCUUUAGAUUGGAAUCCGAAAUGUGAAGGUAAAACUGGUGAAUGUUUUAUCUUUUCUUUGGAUAAGAAGGAACUGGAAAAAUUUGUCUUUAGUAAAGUUGUUGAUGAAAAUCAUGCAGUCUAUAGAAAUCGUGGUCCAGAUUUUGGGGAAAAAACUUCGGAUUUACGUUUAAUAGAAGGUGAUGCGAAAAAAGGUCAAUGUCACAAAAAUAGCUAUGAAAAAUUAAUUAGACAAGUUGAAGGGGUAUUUGAAAUAGAAGAUUAUGAAGUAUUUCAAGUCAUAAUUGUUAAUCAGCCAUGUGAGUUCGUAGAUGAAGAAGUCGAAGUCGAAGUCGAAGUCGAAGUCAAUGAAUACAACGGAUACGAAGAGUACUAUGAAGAUUAUGGAUACAGAGGCUAUUAUUACGAGGAUGUUGUGACUCCUGAAGUUUGGGACUAGGCGUAGUUGGUGGAGUUGAUACUAUAUUUUUUUUUAUUAGUAUGAUUAUUACGGCGCGACAUCAAUUUCUCCCCUCCUUUUAAACAUUUCCCUCAAAUAAACUUGAAUGUUUAUAUAAUUUAUAUAAUUUAUUGAUUUGAAAUCUGGUUUUAUCAUCGUGGUCAUUAGAAUCGUUAACGCACAAUUAAAUUCUAUUGAUUUGAAAUCUGAAAUCUAAAUUUCAAAUUAGUGCUGAAUACAAUAAAUAAUAAGGGGGUUUUAUCAUCGUGGUCAUUAGAAUCGUUAACGCACAAUUAAAUUCUAUU